UGGCUAGCUUCGUCUUUGGGCCAAGCAAUGCAGGGCCCAUGGCUUGCAAGGAGGCGCUGGCGUUCGUAACGUGUCAUGGGGGCACGGCAGGGACGCAACCUUUGCUCUACUCUCCGCAAGCAGGAAAGACCACGCCGACUACUGGAAGACGGAGUUCCAGAUGACGGUGCGCAAGAGCCGCAGCGUGGUAGACAGCUGGUGGCCGAGACUUGCGCCCCCAAAAAGAGCGCACACUCGCCUCAGCGAAUUCGAGAAGCCGACUUCGAGUUCCUCCAGUGCGUCGGCAAGGGAACCUUUGGCCGCGUUUACCUCGUCCGAAAGCGGGACGACUCCUCUCAGAGGCUGCUGGCGAUGAAGGUGCUCAAGAAGAGCCGCAUUGGGGAUUCUAGGCGCCGAGCUGAGUACAUCAUCACGGAGCGCAAAGUGCUACGCAGUGCCAACCACCCAUUUGUUGCUCGACUCAGGUAUGCUUUUCAGUCAGCAUCACGCUUGUACCUCCUUACAGACUUCUUUGGUGGUGGGGAACUGCUGGAGCACAUCCGGCGCCUUGGGCGCUUCACGGAGGCCCAAGCCAAGUUCUUCGUGGCCGAGGUCGCCCUUGGCCUGGAGUACCUGCAUGAGAAGGGCAUUUGCCAUCGCGAUCUGAAGCCUGAGAAUGUGCUGCUGGACGUGGACGGCCAUGUGAGGCUGACAGACUUUGGCCUGGCCAAGAUGGGGCUCCGCCAGAAUCUGACAUCCACAAUGUGUGGCACGCCGGAGUACCUGCCACCAGAGGUAUUCAAAAGGCAAUCCUAUGCCUGCGAGCUGGACUGGUGGUCCUGCGGCGUGCUCAUGUUCGAAAUGUUGGAGGGCCGCCCUCCGUUUCGCGAUCCAAACGAACACAGGCUGUUCCAGUUGAUCAUCGAGGGCUACUUCCGCUUCGAGCAUGUGCAUUCAGGAGAUGCCGUGAGCCUCAUCCAGCAGCUGCUGACACCAGACCUGGACUUGCGGCUCAAGUCUGCUUCAGGCCUCAAGGCCAGUGCCUGGCUUGAAAGCAUCGACUGGGACUCGGCCCUGCAGUUGGGCCUGCAGCCUCCUUUCAGGCCCUCCAUGUCGCGGAAGUGCUGCUCGCCCCGGCUGAGGCCCAGCUCCCCAGAAGUGGCAUCCAUCGGGCUCCACAUCCAGGGCUUCACGUACGUGCCCGAAACACGGGCCAUUAGCGAAAAAAGAGAGCUUCAAGCUGCGUAGGCGUUUAGACUCGGACCUCCGAGACUUACGGCGAGAUGCCUCGUUUUUGUUUUUCUAGGAUUCAGGGGCAGCGCAGCCAUGGCGGCCUUUGUCCGAGCCAAUC